AUACUAAACCCCAAUACAGAAACUACGAGAUGCACAAGAUGCUCUUCAUGAUAUUCAGGCUGAGAGGAAGGAGCCGCAAAGCAAGUCAGACCCUGAGAGCGAUGCUAGGCUUCAAGCUGCCAUUGAAGAGACUAAUAAACUUAAGAAUGCUCUUCGGAGACAACAGAGGGCCGCAGAGGCUGAAAAGGAGGCACUAGAAGAGGAGAUAAAAGCUCAAUGCAGUGAACUAGAGCAGUUAUCAGAGCAGUCAAGAAGAAGACAAGCCAGGGGUAGUCAAACAGAGGCUCAGAAUAGAAAUAUUACCAACCAGCUUGCAGAGGCACAGAAAGCCAACCAAGACAUGAGGAACCGCCUCCGUGACCGACAAGCCCAGUACGACGACCUCCUCAACUCAUCCCUCCAACCUGAAGAUGUAGCUCAGCGUAUCAACCAUGUUGGCAAUAUGAUGGCAACCGAGCAAGUCAAGGAAGAGAGUCUAGUGGGACCUCAGGGAGAGGGUGAUGUAGUAGGGCAAUCUCUGGCAGGAUUACAGGUACAGGUGAUGGAGAGGAUGAGACAGGCACAACAGGAAGCCGAGAGGGCCAAACGCUACCAGCAAAAGGCAGAAUGGGAGGCAAAGUCUUUGAGACAUCACCUAGAACAGAUGCAAGCAAGGAUGAGAGACAUGGCAAUGAGAGACAAAGACCAAAACAAGGGUAAAGGUACUGAUGAGGAGGAGAUGAUGAGAAUGAGGGAUGAAGUUGGAAGAUUGAGACGUCAACUCCAGCAUGCCAAAAACCAGCAGCCUCCACCAAGGUCUCCUCCUGAGCCGUCUGCUGUAAUGAUAGAUUCUAGAGAUGAGCCCUCUCAGAUGUACCCUGGGGUCAAUGAACACAUGCAAAGGUUGCAAGGUGAUGUGGCCAAUUUGAGGGACCAACUCCAGAACAAGGAUCGAAUGGCGGCACAACAACUUGCAGAUGCAGAGAAUGAGAUUCUUCAGCUUCAGGUGGAGCUUCGUAAAAGGGAAAAGGAGUUAAGUGAAGGAGAACGAACCAAGCGGAAUGCCCAGGAGAGAGAAGCUAAAAAUGCAGAGAGAAGACAAGCUUCUGCAUUGGCACAGGUGGAGAUUGAGGGAGGUCAGAUAGCUCAGAGAGCUAUCAAUGAACUUGCCAAAGCUCAAGAAGAGAUAGAUGGCUUGGAGGAUAUCCUUGCUAACAGAGAGAGGGAGUUGAAGGAGACAUUACUUCAAGGAGAGACUGCAUCACAGGAAAUUGCUAAUCAACAGGAGGAGAUUGGAGCCUUACAUGAUGUAUUGGAAGCACAGAAAGAUGAAAUCCUGCGAUUAAAUAAUCUCUUAGAUGGAGUUACACAGCAACCAUCAGCUCCCCAGAUGGCGACUGAUUUGGAGAAUUUAUUAGGAGAGAUAGCUGGUUUGAGACAAGCCUUGUAUGGGCAGCAGCACCACUUGAAAAACAGAGGACCCACAAGAGAUGCAUCGUUACCUCUCAUUAACUCCUCAGUAGAUCCGGCAUUCAGUAAUACAGGUUACAAUGGAAACUUGUCUGUUAUGCCUCAAAGUAAUCUACAGCUACCACCAACAGCAAACAUGAAUUACAUGCCCCAGCCUCUGCCUUACACUCGUCAACAGUCUGUACUGCCACCAACACAGAUUCAGGGUACCCCAGGACCCAUAUUUCAACCGUCCGUUUCAUUUGCACCUUUGGACCAAAGUCAGGUGCCAACCAUGCAACCACAUAUGCAAGGCAGUGCUCCAGUACAGCAUACCAUAGUACCAGCCACACUGUCUGGUGUAUCAUCUCAAAGUAAUACUAUACACAUGGAAGGUGUUGCUGGUGAACAAACAAUAUUUCAACCACAAGUGCAGCGUGCUCAUGCUUCUCAAGGGGAACAUCCAGGGAGAAUGCUAGGCAGUACCUUGUAUAACGGCAGAAAGGGCAAGUUGAGACACGUUGAAGGACAAGUGGAAGGAUUAUUUUGCAAUGUUCCAGAGCACCAUGAUUUAGAGGAUGAGAUCAACAAACUUCACAAGCAACUCGACAACCUGAAGAGAUUUACUUCAAAGGUAUGAUGGUAAAAGGGUGGUUAAUGCAACUGUGUAUGUACAUUAGUAAAACUGAUGGUAAUGAUAGAUAAUUUCAAUAUACUACUGAUACUAUACCUACUUUUUCUAAUAUAACUGCUACUACAACAAUUACUACUAUGACUACUUCUACUACUACUUCUACUACUAUUUUUACUACUUCUUUUUUAUACGCCCGUCUUGACGGGUUGUAUUAUGGUAUCAUGCUCGGUAUCGGUCCGUUAACUUUUCCUUGUAAACGCAAUAACUUCAGUUUAACUUAACCUACAUGU